ACAUGAUGGAGAAAAAAAAAAGUAAUAUUUUGAAACUCAUUCUUUCAGGAUUUACAGUAUCCUUUUGUGGUCUCUCAUUUUAUUCUGGUACUGAAUUGAAACCUGGGGGGAGUGGCGAUCAAUUAUUACAGCAAUUACACAGACGUGAGCAGGAAUUCAGGAGUGAGGGAAAGAGAGACAGAGGGAAAGAGUAAAAGGAAGAAAGAGAGAGAGAUGCCUCUUAUAAAGCCAAGUCCUGUCUCUUCAGGAAGAAUUUGCGAGCAGUGAGACCGGGCUUUGGGUCAGAAACAGGAGCCCGGUGAGCCAAUGACUGUCACCAUAAUUCUACUCAAUGGUGUAUCAAUGUCGUGGGACGCAGGCUGCUGAAGUUACCCUUCCUGCAGAAUUACAGUCCCAGUUGUGUCGCGUGAGCAUGCGUGUAACAACAAAGCAGACAUGUGGACGAAAGGCUGAAGCUCUGGGCUCCCACCUCCUCUUUGCACGAGUCAAUUAGAUUGCAAUUCCAGUGGAAAAGAUGACCUCUGCCACACCUCCCUCCUCUCGUAGCUCCUCCCCUCAGAAGGUUUGCCACUCCCAGACACAGACAGAUGUUUUAAAACCCUUACUGGGAGGUGGCAUAUCCGGCGUGGGCGGGUCUCUGAGGAAGAGGAGGCGUGUCCUGUCCAAAGAUGGCCGUAGCAACGUACGCAUCGAGCACGUCAGCGGGCGGAAUGCGCUAUACAUGCGUGACCUCUGGACAACAUUUCUGGACAUGCAGUGGCGCUACAAGUUCUUCCUGUUCACAGCCACGUUUGCAGGGACCUGGUUCCUGUUUGGGGUACUGUGGUAUCUGGUGGCAUUGGUGCAUGGAGACCUUCUUGAGUUCGACCCUCCAUCAAACCACACGCCCUGUGUGAUGCAGAUGCAGACCCUGACGGGGGCUUUCCUCUUCUCUCUGGAAUCUCAGACAACCAUUGGUUAUGGUUUCCGAUGCAUCACUGAGGAAUGUCCAGCUGCCAUCAUCCUCCUCAUCGUCCAGCUUGUCAUCACCAUGCUGAUGGAGAUUUUCAUCACUGGUACCUUCCUGGCCAAGGUUGCUCGGCCAAAGAAGCGAGGCGAGACAGUGAAGUUCAGCCAACACGCUGUGGUGUCGACCCACGAAGGCCGACCCUGCCUGAUGAUCAGGGUGGCCAAUAUGCGCAAGAGUCUUCUGCUUGGGUGUCAGGUGAGUGGAAAACUACUCCAGACUUCCCUGACCAAGGAGGGGGAGACGGUUCGUUUGGACCAGAGGAAUGUGCCUUUCCAAGUGGACACGUCCAGUGACAGCCCCUUCCUCAUCCUGCCCCUCACCUUCUACCACCUCAUCGAUGACAGCAGCCCCUUGCGAGCCUGGGCAGCCAAGGGUGGGGGCUGGACAGAUCCAGAGUUGGCAGACUUUGAGUUGCUGGUGAUCAUGAGUGCUACAGUUGAGCCAACCUCCGCCACCUGCCAAGUCCGCACCUCCUACCUGCCGGAUGAGAUUCUCUGGGGCUAUGAGUUUCCCCCUGUAGUCUCCCUUUCGCCAUCAGGCAAAUACGUAGCGGACUUCGCCUUUUUCGACAAAGUGGCCAAGACCAAGACCACCCCCAUCUUCAAACCAUCCAGCCCCCAGCAUGGGUACCAGAGCAAUGGGGGUGGAACUGUGCCUGAGGUGUCCGAUCCUGAGAAGAUUCGGCUGGAGCAGAGCUAUAGGGACAGAGGGGAGGACCGUGGCCGGGUCAGAGACACUCCUCUCAGUGUUCGCAUCAGCAACGUCUAAACUGCUUGACUGGUUGUGAAGGGAUCGUUUCACAGUGAGCGAUGUGCAGAACACUGAUUUGCUCUCAAUGUCACCGGCAAAUCAAUGAAACAUUACAUAAGAAAGAUACAGUAUCUAUGUCCCAGUAGCACCAAAUGAUGUAAAAAGUGAAUAUGGAAGACUACAGACUAUUGUUUGGUGAACUUCAAGUUUUGUCAUGCUGACUGUUUGCUGGGAUAAUACAUGUUUCACGCAGGUUUGACUGUAUAUGACAGCAUAACUGCAACUAAUGUAUGUAUUUUAGAUAAUAUAAUGUAAAUGCUUUUAUAACUAAGAAUACAAACUUUUAGAUUAUUUAUUCACACAGAGAAAACAUAAAAACAAAGAUACAAAGCAAAACAAACAGUUGUUUGUUUGGGUUCUCUCCAGAGAAUGAAAUGUCAGAUCAGAAAGAGAAAAACCUACACACAAAAGUGUGAGUCCAAUGUCAAGGAGAGAUGAGUAUCUGGGCGGCUGUGGCUUAGGAGUUAGAGUAGGGUUGGCCGUUAAUCGGAAGGUCGGCGGUUCAAUCCCUGGCUCCCCCUGGUUGCGUGUCGAAGUGUCCUUGGGCAAGAUACUGCCCCUGGCGGCUGUUCCGCCAGUGUACGAGUGAGUGUGAAUG